CAAUGGGGGCGAGGGGAGGUGGCGGCAGGAAGAUGGCAACGGCCGGAGGCACCGCGGGGCGCCCGGUGGUGGGGAUCCCCUGCUCGGCGUGGCUGCUGGCCGCCACCGCGCUGACCGCCGUCAAAGUAUCAGCAGUAGAAGUCAACACACCGGAGGAGAUGUUUGUGGAGAAUGGGACAGACGCAAAGCUUCCAUGCACAUUUACAUCCGUGGAAGUGAUCAGCAGCGCAGCAUCUGUUUCUUGGAGUUUUCAACCAGAGGGAGCCGCAACUCGUAUCUCAUUUUUCUAUUACUUUAAUGGAAAGCCAUACCCUGGAAAGGACAUACCAUUUAAAGACAGGAUCACUUGGGCUGGAGAUCUGAACAAGAAAGAUGCUUCUAUCAGUAUAUCAAACAUGCAGUUCCGGGACAACGGCACUUACAUUUGUGAUGUCAAGAACCCACCUGACAUUGUUGUCAAACCAGGAGAAAUCCGAGUUAGAGUUGUGGAGAAAGACAGCCUGCCUGCGUUCCCUAUUGCCAUGGUGGCAGGGAUAGUCAUCGGUACGGUUACAGGUCUCUCACCGCUCAUCUCUAUUGUCGUGUGUCUUGUCAUCAGAAAGAACAACUCUAAAAAACGAUACUCUGGCUGCAGUACCUCUGAGAGCUUGAUGUCACCGGUUAAGCAGGCUCCACAGAAGUCGCCCUCCGACACAGAGGGUCUGGUAAACACCGUGCCCGCCAGAUCGCACCAGGGCCCAGUCAUUUAUGCGCAGUUAGACCAUUCCGGAGGACAGCACAGCGACAAGAUUAACAAGUCAGAGUCUGUGGUCUAUGCUGAUAUUCGGAAGAACUGAGAUGAGAUCUUAAGCUAUCCAAAGGAAAACACACAUUCAGACUGGAACUGCUUGAACAAGAUUUGACCCAGAGAACUCACAUGUGGCCUUUGAUGCCUAGGCUAGGACCAAUGCAUGUGCAUACAGAGGGAAAGAUAUAUAUGUAUUGUGUGUAAAUAGUCUAUUUAAUCGUACAGAAGUGAGACCAAUGUUGCAUGUUGAAAUGCGGUAAGAAUUUGCUUAUAAAUUGCCAAUAUUCUUUUUAGUAUCUUAUGUGACGAGAGAGAAAGUGAAAACUCACAUCACAUUUUAAAAAUAUUUUUAUCUUGAUUAUUAAUGGAGAAACUGGAAGAUGCCUGAAGAUUCUAGGCUGACCUGGAGAUUUUUUUUUUUUUUUUGCUUAUAGGUCCUAAUUUCUUUUGUUGAAGUGAAUAUAGACAAGAUAUCUUCUUUAUAUUCACAGAGUUCUUUAUGCGUACAGGGUAUUCAUCUUUCCUUGGUUAGAUUCUCAGUACAAGCUGCCUUCUCAUAUAAACUAGAGAUUCUCACUUGGUCUUGUAAGGCCAAAUUGUGACUUCUAGCUAUCAGAAAUGUAUGUCUUAGCAGUGUAAGUGAAGGAAAUGUUUAGGCCUACCUGACCUGUGUCAUACAGGCCACAGAACUGUUUACUUCUGUAUUGGGCCCAUCUAUUCGAGCUCAGUCCUUUAAGAUACAGAGGUAGCGUUGAAUUAAUGAAUUUUGUGAAAUGGUAGUUUACCUGUGAAAACUUAAGAGCUAGUAAGUUAAAGGAAUCUAUAGCUGUAGGUGGUUGCCUCAGACUCUGCUGAACCUUUCAAUGAAAUGUUUCUUCCUCAAAGCUCUGUCAUUUCACAUAAGCAUGGAAAAGGGCUCCAAGGGAUCUGGAAGCUGUAGUACUCCCUCACUUCUCUCCCAUGGCUCCAUUAUACCACUGUCACUUCCUUAGAGAUGCUUGUUCUGUUCUUAAAAGCCUGUAGUGGAGGCUGAAUGACCCCUGGAGGAAAUCUAGGGCCUCACUCUUUGGUUUUUUUGAUGUGUGUUUUUUUGUGUAACCCCUAUUUGCACAGAAGAUGUAGAAGGCGAUUUAUUUCCUUCCUCUCUGCAAGUCUGCCACUUGAAUAUGAUUUCCCAGCUUCUUGUUUCUAGAUUAAACUCCUCGUACGUUGUUAAGGAUCUCUAAUUGCUCUCUUCUGCUGAAGAGGAUCUUUCUUUAGCUGGCCCAUUUGUAUCCUGAAAUGUGGUACUCAAAACUAGAAGUGUCAUUCCAGCAGAGGCCUUCUCAAAGUAGCAUAUAGUAGAAGGAUUUCUGUUUUGUACAUCCCAAUGUGGUGUUGGCUUUUUUGUUGCAGCAAGUAAUUCUCAGUCUGGUCUGCCAUAACCCCUUCUCUCUGAUUCUUACACAUUUCCUAAGGGUUCAGUCUAUGUCACGGAAUCACAGAAUGGUAGGGGUUGGAAGGGACUUUGGAGAUCACCUAGUCCAACCCCCCUGCCACAGCAGGUUCACUUAGAGCAGACUGGACAGGAAUGCACCCAGGUAGGUUUUGAAUAUCUCCAGAGAAAGAUUUCACAGAAUUAGUCACAGAAUGGUUGAGGUUGGAAGGGACCUUGGGAGAUCAAGUAGUCCCAACCCUCACUCAUCGAGCAGGGGCAGCUGGAGCAGGUUGCCCAGCACUGUGCUCAGUUGGGUUUUGAGUACCUCCACGGGUGGAAACUCUACAAUGUCUAUGUACAAAAAAGUGCUUCCUUCUGUUCAGGUGGAAUUUCCUUUUUUCAAAUUCCUGUCCAUUGCCUCUUGUCCUGCCAGUGAGCAAUACUGAGAAGAGUAGUGCUCUUCAUUCCCUCCCAUUGGGUAUUUACACACAUUGACAAGAUCCCCCCAAGCCUUUUCUUCUUCAGGCGUAACAGUUCCGGCUCUCUCAGCCUUUCCUCAUAUGAAAGGUGCCCCGGUUCUGUUAUCAACUUUGCAGCCCUGCACUGGACUUGAUCCAGUAAAUCCUUAUCUCUCUUGUACUGGAGAAUCCAGAACUGGACUCAGUACUCCAGGUGUGCCCUCACCAGUGCUGAAUAAUGGGGAAGGAUCGCCUCCUUUGACAUGCUGGCAGUGCGUUGCCUAAUGCAGCCCAGGAUAUCAUUUACCUUCUUUGCAUCAAGGGCACGCUGUUGGCUCACGUUCAACAUGGAUCCACACAGGACCUUUUCUGCGAAGCUGCUUUCCAGCCAGGCAGCCCUCAGCAUGUACUGGUGCAUGGGGUUGUUCCUCCCUAGGUGCAGGACUUUGCACUACUCCUUCUUGAACUUUAUGAAAUACCUCUUAGUCCAAUUCUCCAGCCUGCCCAGGUGCCUCUGACUGGCAGCAGAACCAUCUGGUGUUCCAGCAAUUUCUCCUAGUUUUGUAUUGUCUGCAAGUUUGUCUCUACUGAAAUUAUGUUACAGCUUUUUCAGAUGUCAUCUUUGGUUUGUCAGUUGAAAACUUCAUUUGAAUUCUCAUCCUGUCCUCCAGUGAGCUUGCAACACUCUUAGCUUGAUAUUUGCAACUUAAGCCUACGUUCCACUGUAACAUCAAGUAAAUAAAAUAUAGUUUUAGUCCUAUGGUGGACCCUUUCAGAACCACAUUAGAUAGUCCUUAAAUUAUGAUAGUGCAACUUUAAUAACUAUUUUCCGUACAGUAGCUUUUUUCUCCCAACAAAGUUGGGUAUGCCAACACUACAUUCUUUCACCAGGAUCAAACUUGCCUGGUUUCCUGACAAUACUUGCCUUUGUUAGAAGCCUCAUUAAGACCAGGAUGAACCCUGCUGGUGCUGCUUUCCUUAUCUACCAGGCUGUUAAUUCCCAACAUUUGUUUUAUGCUUAGUAAGAAACAAACGCUUUUGACAUGGUUGAUGGAGAAACUUGAUUUUGAUCUGCCUAUGUUCAUCCGUGUGCAUUACCAUCUUUCUCCCCAGACAUUUAGAGGGAGAAAUGUGAUGAAUGUAGCAAUCAAAAACUUGCUGCUAUGAGAAGAUGGGGCUGUCCUUGGCUCUGAAGUCUGCUACUAAUGUUUGUUUCUUUUCCUGCUGGAACAUACUGGAGAAUCUGAGUGCAAUCCUGGUCUGGUGCUGACUUUAAGAAACACACUGAUCUGGUGCUAACUUUAAAAAACACAUUGAUCUGUUUGUUGCUGACUUUAGGAAACACACUGAUCUGGUGCUAACUUUA